UUUGUUUUAAAGAAAAAACAGUUCGAUCUAUUUCUUCCUCUUUUUCUUUAACUUUUAAAUUCUUAAUCGAAAAUAAAGCUCUCGCAUGCAUGUACCCUCAAGGAAAGUGCACCUUUUCCAAUAAAACUAAGCAUAUAUAAAGUUUAGCUUACUAAUUCAUUCCACCUUAUCUAGCAAUAAGUAAACAUUAUUAAUUCUUUUAGAUGUCUCUUUAAAACUGUGGAAUAUGGAACCAUUAGUAUUAAAAGUGGGAACCCGUGGAAAAGAAUUUUUUUUAAUUAACAUGUGAGUAUUUUAGACUUAUGACAGAGCUUAGACUAAUUCACAAAGAGAUGUGUUUCUCACAGAUAAACCAUCUCUUGAUAAUGAAUCCGAAAACAUAGGUCUAUAUAUGUGUGUUAUUUUAUGAAUAAUAUAACUUAGUUUCGCGCAUGUGAAUCGAAGUUGAAAUCUGUUAGUAUCCCAGCCCCAUCUCUUUCCACUUGACCACACUGUGCCAGACUCGGAAAGAAACUUCUUAUCAGUAUGGAACAUGUUCUCCUCAUAAACCUAAUGUAUAUAUAAUUACUGUGGACACAAGAUUAUAGAACUAAUUUACAUUAUGAACACGACCAUGUUGAAAAAAAUAAUAAUUUGAUCUUCUCAUUUGUUUUGAAAGACGGCAAGCUCAAGUAUAUAAAAGCAUAGUCCGAAAUGUUGGGAUAGAAAUGGAUAAUUGAUCAUUUGACAUUUUAUUCUAACAAAAUCAAUAAAGUACAAGUCAUAUCUCUAUAAUAGACAUUAAAGAGAGAAAAUAGUUAAUAAUUCCUGUUCUUUAUUCAUUCGAUUAAUUUUAAAUCACUUUAUUAAAGAUAGGAUUAAAGAACAAAACCCCAUACAAAAGAUUUUGCUUUUGUUUUAAAAGAGAGCUUUUUAUAAAGUUAAUUUCCGAACCCAAAAGAAACAGUACUAAUGAACAUAUUAAGAUUUCAAGGGAAAAAAUAAAAUAAAAAUGGGCAGCCAACAGAAAUUAGUCACCUAAUUCAUUGAAACCUUAAGAAAAGAAAGAAAGAUGGCUGAAGACAAGGUAUCCCACCUUUACAAGUAACAACUAAUUAUGUGUGCUUAUUAUAUACACACGCAUAUACAUAUAUAGUUUUAUCUAUGCAGAACAUGACUAGCCUUCCUUUGUUCUUAUAAUGCACAUUUGUCUAGGAAAUUUACCACGCAAUGUAAUAUGUAUUAGUACUCCAUAUCCAUCGAACAUGCAUGUGAUCAAAAUUCUAGAAUGAAGAAUCCAAAAUUCUAUAAUAGUUAUAUGUGUACAAUAUAAUUUUUCUUACAAAAGUUAAAAUUAUACUUGUGUACCUCAACUGUCUCUCAAUUAAUUUGGCUAUAAAUUUUUUUUAGCUAUAAACAUAUUUCAAUCACAUUGAGAGGAUUAUGAAUAAAGUCAGCAAAAGCAUUGGUGCACAAAAAAAAAAGAAUAACGUCAGCAAAAUUAGCUCAAUGAACGUAUAUUUUCAACACAUAUAAUAUAUAUUUUACGCACAGUUAUAUUCUCUUUUUGAAUAAGUCUAUUAAAGUUUUCCUCAGUUUAUUAUUAUAUCUAACUUAAAAGUCGAUCUCUUUUAAAAGGACUUAAAAGUUGUUCUUUUCUGCGACUGUGUAGUAUAAAGGUUCCAAUGAAAAAACAUAUAUGUAUGAAAGCACGAUUUUGAGAAGAAAAGAGAAACAUGAACAUCGAUCAGUGCUUUCUUUUUUCUUUUUCUUUUUCUCUUCUUUUGUUUUCUCCCUCUCAUCUUUAUCACUUUCUUUUAAAUUAACCAACGAACGUGAAUUACGUAUAUUCAUUAAAAUAAAAUAUGUUGUAGAAACAUGCUUUGCUAAACUUUAUUUAUUUAUUUAUUUACUUAUGUGACUACUAAUUUGUUUUAUUUUCCAACUCGAUAUCUGCUCAACCAUUUUAUUAUUUGAUCAAACAAAACUGCAGAAACUAUAUUGGUACAAUUUUACACUGUGAAUUACCUAUAAGAAGGGACACAGGUGGUUCCUUUUGGGUUUGAUAAAAUUCAACCGAAGAGAAAAAAUAUUAAAAUACAGAUUAUCUUCCAUUUGGUUGAAACUCCUUCAAAUCAGAUGUUCCAUAUCAUCAUACAUGAACCCAUUGCAUAAUCUUCCAACACCAAGUUCAAAUGUUAGAUUGAUUUCGUAAUUCUUUAGUCGUUCUUCAAUUUAAUUACUUAAAACAAAAAUAUGUUAUUAUAUCAAUCUAUACGCUAUUGAUUUGUUACCUUUCAUAACUGUUACAAAUCGAACCCUUCUGAUAUACAAACUAAAAAAUGUUAGUCAGCUAAAACAAGAAGGAAUGGAAGAUGCUUCUGCGAAUUUAAAGAGAAUUGUCUAAUAUCUAGGGAGACUAAUUGGGUUUUGACUAGUGACAUUUGUUAUUGUGGCACCAGAAAAGACUAUCCUGCAUAGUUCAUUUAUUGGUAGUGACUAAAGAUAGUUACAUAUAGUAAAAUAAUUAAUUGCGUAUAAAUCUUCAAAAAGUCAUGAAAAAGAUAAACAAAAGCAUUAUUCCAACAAAAACAAAUACAAUUUGGGAGAAAAGGAAAAGGAAUACACACAUUUUGUUUUGAAAGCAGUAAGUAAUAAAUGUGCCAACUAUAUUCUUUCUAUAUGUAUUCUCCCUACUAACAGUUUUGCUUACGGAUGGGCAUUCGAGUUCGGUUUGCAUCAAUUUUAAAUUUUCGGGGUUAAAAGUUUAAGUUCCAUUAAGGUAUCUAUAAAAUUUGUUUGGGUUUGGAUAAGGUCUUUGUAAAUCUGUUUAAAUUAUGUAAAGUAGUCAAUAGUUUCAAAAAAUUUAAAAUCCAAAAAAAAUAACAUAUAUAUUUGAACUAUGUAUGAUCAAAUAUCUAAAACUAACAUGAAAACUAGUUCAGUUUGGAUAUUUAGUUGAAGAAUCAAUAUGUAUUUCCGUUUUUUGGAUAUCUUCUGCUAUUGCAAGUAUUUAUUUUUGGAUUUUUUUUUAAAUUACGUAUUUUACAUAAAUUUGAGUAUUUGAAUAUUUUAAAUUUUAAAAUAAAUAUAUUUAAAUAUAUAAUUGUGAUUCAAAUAUUUUUCGUAUACUUGAAAUAUUUUGGUUUUGAGUUGAUUUCAGUUCUAAUUCAUUAAAAAUUAAAGAUUUGGAUCCAUUCAUGUAUUUUACAAGCUUUGAUUCAGAGUUAAUAUAACUUUUUAGAUGAGAUUCGGUUCUGUCUUUCGGAUCCAAUUAUUUUGGUCGACCAUUUACUCUCCUUUCCUACGAAAACGAUAUAAUAAUGCAGAAAUCCUUUUAGAUAAAAGAAAAAAAAAUCAAAAUCUUCAUCCUAUAAAACUAUAAACGUCUCUUCUCUCUUUCAUCACUGCAAGAAACUUAAUCACAACUCUCCUUUUCACUCUCUCUUCUCAUUUUCAAUGGCGACCCAAGAUUCACAAGGGAUCAAACUCUUCGGCAAAACCAUUACAUUCAACGCCAGUAAUAUCACAACAACGACGAUUAAAAAAGAAGUGCACCAGCAACAGCCAGAGCUACAAGCAACAACAGACGUCAGAUCAUCAUCAACGGAUCUAACGGCGGUGGAGAAGCGUCCAGACAAGAUUAUAGCAUGUCCGAGAUGCAAGAGCAUGGAGACUAAGUUCUGUUACUUUAAUAAUUAUAACGUUAAACAACCAAGACACUUCUGCCGAGGUUGUCAGCGUUACUGGACCGCCGGUGGAGCUCUUCGGAAUGUUCCCGUCGGCGCCGGUCGUCGGAAAGCCAAACAUCCGGGCCGUGUUGGUGGAUUCGCCGAGUUUCUUGGGGCUGCGACUGGAGCGGUCGAUCAGGUCGAGCUUGACGCUUUGCUGGUGGAAGAGUGGCGAGCAGCUGCGUCUCACGGUGGUUUCCGGCAUGACUUUCCGGUGAAGAGACUCCGUUGCUACACCGAUGGUCAAUCUUGUUAAAUAUUCUAUAAUUUUAAAUUUUCUUUUUAAUAUUAUUUGUUUUCGUUUGGGUUUGGUUUAACUCGUUAGAAAGAAAAUGGUUAAAUUUGCUUACUCACGUACAGGCUAGCAACAAAAAUUAACUAGUUGAUUAAUUAGGAGGGUUUAAUACUUGCCUGUCUACUAAACAGCUGUCGCUUUUUCAUCAAUUUCUCUUUGUCGAAUCUUCAGUUGUAAAUUGAAGCUCGUGGGAUUUUUCUUCUAUUAAGAAUUCGGAGUCGUUGACCAUUAAUUACCCCUUAAUUAAAACAAAUUGUUUCAAGAUCUGUAUACUAUAUAAGAUUAGAUCAGCUUCGUUUAGCCGAUAUAAAGUUUAAUCUCUGUAGCUUAAUUUGUUUCGCUUAAGUGUACGUAAAGUUAAGCAAAGAUUUUUGACAUAUUAGUUAGUCUUCAUAUAACUUCUAACCACGAAACCUCAUUCAAUUGGACACUUAAGUUUUCACUUUUCAAGCUACAAAACAAUCACACAAUAAUCGUAAACCUACAAAAAUAGUAUUAUACAGCACAAACAGCUUUAUAGUAUAAAAUAUAUUAACUGUGAAUGAAGAAAAAAUGAACAAAGUAAGCUAAAUGUUGUAUUUCUAACAAGACCACUGGUGA